AUGUUGUUCUCCCGCCAUGCUCUUCUGACCCCUUCGCUCGUUUCGCUGCUUCUGACAGGAAGCGCGGUCGCGGAUGACGCGAGAACAAGAGCGCGGGAUGCCCUCCAGACCCUUCAAGGCUGGUAUAACCCCCAAAGUGGGAUCUGGGAUACAUGUGGCUGGUGGGAUGGUGCAAGCUGCAUGAAUACAGUUGCAGAUUUAGCUGCCCUGGACCCAUCAGUGAUGGAUACAGCGAAAUAUGUCUUCAAUAACACAUUCCACGUUGGACCGGUGUCCAAUCCCAACCCCGGGCCCGAGAAGAAGACUGUUUUCACUCGCGACAAUCAACCAUCAACUUCCGUCAAUGCGAGCCUGUGGCUUGAUCAAGCUUACGAUGAUGAUGCAUGGUGGGCCCUCGCAUGGAUUGCCGCAUACGAUGUCACCAAGGAGGGGACAUACCUGGAACUGGCCGAGGGGAUUUUUGAGAGCUUGGCGGACGCAUGGGGUACCAACUGCAGUGGUGGCGGCCUUCCUUGGAACCCGACCAGUACAUAUGUUAACGCGAUUACAAACGAGUUGUUCCUUUCUGUCGCAGCACACCUUGCAAACCGAGUCCCGGACAGAAAAGCAUACUAUGUCCGCUGGGCUCAGAAGGAAUGGGACUGGUUCACAUCCCAGGCUUUCAUUAGUGAGAAUGGCACUAUCAAUGAUGGCCUCUUAUCCAACUGCCAGAACAAUGCAGCUACUGUAUGGUCGUACAAUCAGGGAGUUGUCCUCGGUGGAUUGGUUGAAUUGAAUAGAGCGGCACCCAAUAACACGUACCUACCCUCGGCCAACAAGAUCGCAAAGGCAGCCAUUGCCACAUUAGCCGAUUCGAAUAAUGUUAUCCAUGAGUUCUGUGAGCCACAAUGCCUUCCAGAUGGCACACAAUUCAAGGGAAUUUUUAUUCGCAACCUAAAAAUGCUGCAAAAGGCAUCUCCGCAUGAUAUUUACCGGAAGGUGAUAAGCAGCUGCGCGAACAGCAUCUGGGAUAAUGAUCGCAAUGAGAAAGGGCAGUUCGGUGUGAACUGGGCUGGUCCUAUCCAAGCGGUUGUGGAUGCAUCGACACAUAGCUCGGCCCUCGAUGCAUUGGUCGCUGCUGUUGCUGCAUUGACUAAUUAG